AUGGCCAGAUAUGUGCGUGGCCAGGUGUGUGGGGUGGACAACUGUCCGUCGCGGCUGUGGAAGCGAGUGAACGGCCAGAACGUGUGCCAGUACGGCCAUGUGAACCAGUUCGACAUCGAGAUCGACGACGACGACGAGAUGAUGAACGUCGGAGGAGGUGCCGGCGGGGCCGGAGGAGGCGGCGGACCAGAUUUCAGCCGGCGGUUGGUGAACGUGGCGGGGCUGACGUCGUCGCAGGCGAUGCGGAACCGGGUGAACCGGUUGUCGUCCGACAAGGUGGAGACCCGCAAGUACGGAGACGACUUCAAGCGGCUUCAGGCACGGUGUUUCCAGAUGAUCCUAGCGAAGAACACGAGGUUUCUGGCGCAGCAGCUGGCGCUGAACAGCGAGCAGCGGCGGCUGUACACAUCCGUGGUGAAGUUGAUCUGGGUGCAGCUGCUCGACAGCUCGCUGAACCGACGGCUGGACACGAAACACAGGGCGUACGACAUCGGGCACCUCAGCGUCGUCAACUACCUUGCCGCCCUGCAGCUGAACGUGCCGCUCUACCUCUGCGACUACAUCGCUGCGACGUUCGACAAGAGCUUCCACCUCGAGCGGGCCGAGUACUGCCUCCCGCGUGACCUGCGCAUCCAGAUCCCCAUCUCGCAGGUGAGCACCUUCCACGGCCACACGCUCUACAACUACCUCAAGCGGCUCAACGGGCGCUUUGCGUCGCAGUACAUCGCAGCCCACGUCACCGAGUCCCGUCUGAACUACUUCCCGCUCUUGGUCCGCGUCGUCCUCAAUCUCUUCCUCCCGCUCGGCGUCGUCAAGCUUGUCAAGAACUGCGUGGACCUUCUUGGCCUCGACUUUGCCUUCCACCGCCUGCCCGAGACCCGCAUACACCCCGAGCUGCAGUUGAUGGCCCUGCUCAUCAUCUUCGCCGACGUCUACUUCGCCAACAACCCCGAGAACGAGUACGCCGACUGGUACCUGCGUCUCGCCAAGAACACUGCCAGCGGUGCACGGAGCCCCAGUUUUGUCGACUUCAAGAAGAAGCUCUUCUUCAACUCCUCCUUCGAAGACCUCUAUCGGUGGAGCGACGCCCAGGUCGACGAGUUCGUCGACUUCUACGACACCAACGUGCUUCCGAGCAUCAGCUCCUCCAACGUCGCCUCCAACAACGAGUACAAGGACCGGAACAAGCUCCAGAUCGUCAAGUCGACCCAGGAACUCUUCGACAAGGAGCUUGUUGCCGCACACGACGACUACGCCCACACCCCGCUGCCGCCCGCUCAGCAGUUCGAGCAACACACAGCCAUGCUCCUCGACACCUACAGAGAGAGGCACGGCCACGGCCACGGCCACAAUCAUACCCCUCCUCCUAAAGAUCCUUUCCUCCUCGAGACCCUCUUUCGACAUAUCACCUCCAUGUACAAUUGUUCGGACCUCCAGCUCAAGGACGCUCUGAGGAAAGUGUGGCGCCAGGUGAGGCCCGCCGGCGAGGGACAAGGCCCGGCGCUGUAG